CCCGGACGCAACUCCCAUUGCUUUUACCGCCGCCAUUUUGACGGCGGAGGAGUCAGGUUCUGGGACAGCUGGAGUUGGUACGGAUGGUUUCCGCCCGCGUUAGCCCCUCCAAAUUCGCCCGUCCUCGGGCCUCAGCUCUCGGUAUUGCCCCUUUUCCUGCGGAGCCCCUGUCUAAGUCUUUAGGUUCUUUGGAGCCUCCUUCCCCUUCAGCUCAGCUCAGCGUUCCCUCGAGCUCUUGUCGCACAGCCCUGUCUCGCCCGGACGCCCAGGACUGAAAGCCACCGUCCGCCCCCCACCCCGAUGGGGACUGCGCGGGCAAGGGACUGCUUUAUAAAAGAAAAGACUGCGUCUGUUUUCUCCACUAGAAAUGGCCAAUGUGCUCUGUAACAGGGCCAGACUGGUUUCUUACCUCCCAGGAUUUUAUUCUUUAGUUAAAAGAGUUGUCAAUCCAAAAGCCUUUUCAACAGCAGGAUCUUCAGGUUCUGAUGAAUCUCAUGUGGCCACUGCACCCCCAGAUAUAUGCUCUCGAACAGUGUGGCCUGAUGAAGCUAUGGGACCAUUUGGACCUCAGGAUCAGCGUUUCCAGCUUCCUGGAAAUAUAGGCUUUGAUUGUCACCUCAGCGGGACUGCUGCACAGAAAAAAUGCCAGGUUCAUAAAACUUUGCCUGAUGUUCUAGCAGAACCAUUAUCAGCUGAAAGACAUGAGUUUGUGAUGGCACAAUACGUAAAUGAAUUUCAGGGUAAUGAUGCACCUGUAGAACAAGAAAUUAACAGUGCAGAAACUUACUUUGAAAGUGCCAGAGUUGAGUGUGCAAUCCAAACAUGUCCAGAAUUGCUGCGAGGAGACUUUGAAUCAUUAUUUCCAGAAGUGGCUAAUAACAAACUAAUGGUUCUGACUGUAACACAGAAAACUAAGAAUGAUAUGACUGUUUGGAGUGAAGAGGUAGAACUUGAAAGAGAAGUACUCUUAGAAAAGUUCAUUAAUGGUGCUAAGGAAAUUUGUUAUGCUCUUCGAGCGGAAGGCUACUGGGCUGACUUUAUUGACCCAUCAUCUGGUGUGGCAUUUUUUGGACCAUAUACAAACAACACUCUUUUCGAAACAGAUGAACGCUACCGACAUUUAGGAUUCUCUGUUGAUGAUCUUGGCUGCUGUAAAGUAAUCCGCCAUAAUCUCUGGGGUACCCAUGUGGUUGUAGGAAGUAUCUUCACUAAUGCAACACCAGACAGCCAUAUUAUGAAGAAAUUAAGUGGAAACUAGCAGAAAUGUCAUUUUAUUUGCUCUGCCAUUUGUAUGUAAAUGGAUUGAUCAAUAUAAACAUUGUCAAAGACUUCACUUUUUAAAAUAUACUUAUUUUGGGUAUUUUAUUUCAACAUAUACAGAUUUACAGUGUUGCUGAGUGAUUGGGAUUUUAAAAUAAAUGUUAAUUAUUCAUACUGUUAUUGAAUACAUGUUAAGCAUACCACAUUUGUACAGAAUGUGGUAAUUAACAUAAGCGAGGUGUGAUUUAUUUUAUGAAGUCUCCCCUUUAUUAGAAAAAUCUUAGUUUCAGUUUUUUUCAAAAAAUAAAUCAUACAUUUGGUUAUAUGUGGCUUUUUCAUUACAAUUUUUUAAAAACUAAUUUUUGAUUCUUCGAAGUUACAUUUUUUAAAUUAUUUUUUCUUUUAGUAAUGUAGUUAAUUCUCAGUGUAUUAUAGGCUUUCCUUUCUCUAAUAUUCUUUUUCUUUAUUGUCUAUUAUGUGUCCUGGUAUUAGUUUGAGUAUUACUUUGAAAUAAUAGAUGAGCAACUAAAAAAAGAAUAAAGAUAAUAAAUAACAUCUUUAUAUAUAAAAGUAUAUGAAUCUCAUUCUCCUUUGUGGGGGGCAUGGUUAUUCUUUUUUGGAGAGGGGUUAUUAAGUCCAUAGAGAACUGAGUCACAUCCCCAGCCAUUUUUAUUUUUAGUCAAACCUUCACUAAGUUACCAAGAGUAGCCUCAAAUUUGCAAUCCUCCUGCCUCAGCCUCCCUAGUUGCUGGGAUUACAGGUAUGUGCCACCAUGUGGAGUAUGAAUCUCAUUUUUAUGCACUGAAUAACUCUUACUCCUGAGUUGAGACAGAUAAAAAUAAAACAUUUUCGGAUAAAACUAUCUCUUGGCUGCCAGCAUUUGCAUGAUUACAUUGCAAAAGUGACUCUUAUGACUGUUUAAGUUUUUAGCAUUAUGAACUUUAAAGAAAUUAUCUGUCAUUUGUGAGGCUUUUGCUAAUAGAAAAAAAAAUCUCAGGAGAAAAAACAGUGCCAACUGCAUUAAUUGAAAUGAACUUUUUCCUUUGGUAAAAUGCCUAUUUUUUUUUAAAGGUUACAUAGAAAUGAUUAUUUUUUUAUUUAUAACUCUUUAACUCUUCUGUAAUUUCUGGAAAAUGGAUUAUGAUCUAAACAGUACAAGCAGUACAAGUUUUUAUUCAUUAUGAAAAAUAAUUUCUGUAGCAUUUUGAAAUAAAAUUAUUGAAAUGUGUGUGUGUGUAUAUAUCUAUAUAUAGAUAUAUGCAUGCCAUAAUCCUUGAUAAAUUUUCAUCUUCAUCACCAGCGUCCAUUAAAAAAAAUAACACACACACAACCAUUCUUUUCCUUCCCAGGCAUUUUCACCCUCUCGCGGAUAACUGCUAUUUAGAUUUCCUAUAGUGUAAGUUGAUUUUGUCUAUUUGAUGCUUUAUGUCUGUGAAACCAUAUAAUAUGUUUACUUUAGUGUCUGGCCUCUAUUUGGGCUUUUUCUACUUUACACCAUUCUUCUGUGAUGUUUCCUUAAAACUUCUGUUUGCUUUAACAAUUGUGAAAGGCCAUCGACUGAUGGAAAAUGAUAUUUACAGGUGGCUGUGGCUAAGUACAGUAUUGCAGGGGGGUGCACAUUGUGGUGAGACUCCUUUUUAUGAUUUUGCUAAGAGAACUUCCAGAAACAUAGCAUGAUAAGCAGUUACUUCCAGUUUAAAAAUUUCUAAACUGUUACAGCAACAAUCAGUUUUGGGGGACUUACUGAUGAUAAUAGUGGAAAGUGAGUAUUAUGUAUUACAGUAAGAAAACACCUCAGGUUUCAGUUUCAUCUUGUUCAAGACAGUGAACAAGAAAUAAUUAUUUUAAAUUAUUCAUUUAAACAUCACAUUGCUAUCUUUUAAAAUCAGACCAAGCCAUUAAAUUUUAUAUUAAAUGUGUCACAGGAAAAAGAACAAUGAAACUUAAGCUUUGACAAGAGUUUAGGAAUUUUGGUAAAGAAGUUAAAUGUUGAAAAGGAUCUUUUAGAUCAUUUGCUCCAUAUCACUCAUUUUUUUAGACCAAAUGCAAAAUGAUAAAAGCAUGGUCACUUAGCUAAUGUUAAGACUGCACUGAAGCUUGGCUGUUACUCCAUUAUUUAUAUCCUUUCCAUAUUUGCUCUUCAUGGUUAUUAAGAAUUCUAAUGUCUUAUGGAAAAUAGCAAAAAGUCGUAAAUUUUAAGAUAAAAAAUUAAGGGUUAACUAGCUGCUUGCUACAUGUUUUAGAUAAAUUUAGGAAUUCAUUCCGUUGAACUUUCAUGCUCAAUUUCUUUGAAAAUUACUGAAACGUAUCAAAAAAUUCAAUUAUAGAAUGCUAUACUUCAAACAAGUUCUUAAGCUUCAUUUAAAACUUCCAUGUCUUAGGCGUCCCUAAGUUUAGGUUAAUUUCAACCUAAACUUUGUAUUUUAACAAAAUUCUGCUUUUAGUUCUUUCCUCUUGUUCUCUGAUUCUCUGGUGUUUUACGUACCUUUGCACUAUUUAAAUUUUGAACCAAGUAAUUCUUUACUGUGGGAACUGUCCUUUAUAUUGUAGUGUACUUAGCAGCAUUUCUUGUCCUCUGCCCACUAGAUAAUAGCAGACUCAUUGUCAUGACAAAAAUGUCUCCACAUAUCACCAGGUUUCCAGUAGAGGACAAAAAACCUUUCAUACCUAAAGUCAAAUUCACCAUCCGGUUCUUAUCUGACAACCCUCUAGUGGAGAACCACUGAUUAAAGCACCUUCUAACUUAGUGGUCUUCAAGUUUAGUUGUAUAUUUGGAUUACCUGGGAAAACAUGUUAAUGGUAUUGCUGAUUUGGCCCUUAUCCACAGCCUGAGUUCUUUAGUCCGUUGUCAUCGGGAAUCAGUACUUUUUAAAAGUUUCUAGGUUCUUUAUUCUGUCAGGGUUAGAAUCAUGAGAAUGACUUGAAGUUUAAUGAAUUAAAAAUCUGGCAAUAAGAGUAAGCAGGCUACAAUCACUGAUUUUAUAGAUACAAGAAUGAAGGCUCUAAAGUUUUGCAUUAAUCAGGCCCAAAUCUAGGAUUUCUUCUGUCCCCCACUUUAGGAAACCCUUCCUGACCACUCUUCAUUAAUCUUGUCUUUCCCUUUACUGUAUAGUACUUGGUUAACACCACACUAUUUUGCAUUUGGUUAUAUUGCACUAGUACACAAUUCUUUGGGCUUUGUGUUAAAUUUAGUCUCCCAUACCUGAGAAGUAGGAAUCCAACUUCCUGCUGAAA